AUAAAGCGCAAAAGAAGAAUAAAUCCGUGGCCGCAACCUCGCGAGUCGCGAAGCGCACGCACACAGAAACAGAACUACGAGCUCCUCGCCCUCGCCUCCCCCGCUCCACUCCGAUUCCUCCUCCUCCGCCGCCGCCGCCGUUCGAUCUCCGGGGCUCCGGUCCCAAGCUCCCGGCAUUCUCCGUGAGGAAUUGCUAUGGAAUGCUUGACUGCGAGUUUCGCCGCGAGGAAUGCGGGUAGGGAUUAUAACUUCGUAUGUCCGAGUAAGCCCGCGGGCGAGAAGCAAUGGAUUCAAGGAAGGGUUCUCUGCUAUUUUACAGCUUACACAAACUCUAGCCGAUGCUGCAAGGUUGCCACUGGGGUGUACCCCAUCAGCCCAGUUGUUGGCAGACGUUCACGCUGGAGAUCUUUCGCAGCAAGUUUGAAUUUAGAGAAUGGGCCUGCACCAUUGAGUUCGACAUCGUCUUCAUCAGGGCAGACUAGUGAGCAGCUUACCUCAGACCAGUUGAAAUCUCUUUUGGCUGAUAAAGAACGAAGUAAGCUUUUGAGAAAGCUAAGUGAAGCAAACCAGCUGAACCGGUUUCUCAAGAGACAGUCGCAAAUAAAGGAUGAUGCAAUUGUAAAGUUCAGAAGUGAACUUGCUGUUUUGGAACUUGAACUGCAGGCUUUGGUUGGCCUAGCUGAAGAGAUUGCUAAUUUUGAUGUUCCAUCAGGGUCAAGGAAGGUAAAUGGAAAAUAUAUUCAGUCUCAUCUUCUCUCCAGAUUAGAAGCUGUCCAUGACAAGGUUAUGGCACAGAUAAAGGACAUCGAGUCUUUAAGACCUCGAGAAAUCACUGUCCAUUGGGUUGGCAUGGCUGAGAACGUGCAAAUUAUGGGCUCCUUCGAUGGCUGGUCACAUGGUGAGGCAAUGUCGAGAGAAUAUUCAGGGGAUUAUGCGAGAUUCUCUGCGACUCUGAGGCUUAGACCUGGGAGCUACGAAAUCAAGUUCUUGGUGGACGGGGAGUGGAAACUGUCAUCGGAAUACCCGAUUACCGGCGAGGGAUUGACACAGAACAAUAAACUCGUCGUGCAAUAGCAGAUUUUUGCUGCCCCUUAGAACUGUAUUAGGAUUGUACCAGAUUACUACCAUGGGUGUUCUCCCGCGAAAUUCGUGUUCUAUGAAAUGCAAAGCCCCAUUUGCUUGA